AUGCUCUUGCUGCUCUCGCCCGGGUGUGGUCGCGCCGCGCCGAGAACCCGCGCGGCGAGGCUGCUGGUCGGGCAGGCCGAGCCGCUGUCCGAGGCGGAGGCGAGGGCGCUCUGGCUGGCGAGGCAGGGCACGCCCUCCUCGCAGCGCCCGGUCGCCGCCGCGACUGCCGAUGGGCCGGCGUCGGAGGCCUGCCAUCGCGAGCGAAGCGCGGCGAGGAGGCGCAUGCUCGACGCGAUGGGCGGGCCGGAGGUCUAUCGACACGGCGCAGAGCGCACCGGCUAUGCUGGCUUUGGCGGCUACAACGACGACUACUACGGAUACGGGCCGCCUCCAGCCCGCGACCUCGAGCCGCAGAAGCUGGACCUGCUCACUGGCCGCCCGGUAACGGACGAGGGGGCAUACGAGGGCCAAGGCUUUGACGGCAGGUCAGACGGGUGGAGGCGGCGCGCCGAAGCCGUGAGCCCGAUAGCUCCAAGCCCUGCGGACACGCUGCGCUCGCCCUCUGCCGGCGCGCGGCCGGCCCAGGCCUUCAGCUACGACCUCUCUUACGAUGAGGCCGACUACGCCGUGCACGCCGACCACGAUGAGGCCGUGGUCGGAGGGCGGCACCUCGAUGGAGCCGACGAGGCGCUGCCCGCCGAGCUGCUUGCGCUUCGGGAGGAGCUUUUUGCGCUGCGAGACCCGCCCCCACCGCAGGAGCUGCUAGAGCGGCAGGAGGACGCCCUCCUCGACGCCCUCCGGCACACCCUAGAAGAGUAG